AUGGUAACGCUCACCGAGGAUAGUCCGCCUCCGACCAGGUUCGAUCCGAGGCUCGAACCACGCCAGUCGAAAACAUCGAGAGACGCCUCGAUCGACGACGAUCUCAAGUUCCUGUGGGAAGGCAAGAUUCUCGGAGUCGACACAGCCAAGCCGAAGGAAACCAACCCACUGAGCGACGAACUGGACAGCUUCCUCGAGAGGACAGUCGAGCGUCGCCCCGACGGCCGCCUCAGACUGAGCCCACCCUUCAAGGACAACCUGGACGCGCUGGGCGACAAUGGAAACCUGACGUGCUCACGUGUCCACUCAUCUCUGAAGAAAUUGAGGAAAUCGCUCGAGAAGCUCCAAGCCGUCGACAAUAAGAUAUCCGAAUACCUCCAGAGAGGUUUCGCAGAGGAAACCCCUCCACCGAAACCGAACCAACGGCGACACAAUCUGCCAUUACGGGCAGUCUUCAAGAUUGACCAGGAAGGUCUCAGAAUAAUCAAAACCAGAGUUGUCAAGGAUGCAGGUGCUCGGAGGAGCCACGAGGCAGCCCUCAAUGACUGUCUCCGUCAGGGGGAGAAUCUGCUACCCUUGAUCCCAAGGGUCCUGUGCGCCUUCCGAGAAUGCCGAUUCGCCAUCACGGCCGACAUCGAAAAGGCAUUCCUCCAAUUCGAGAUCGCCCCGAGCGAUCGAACUUUCUUGAGGUUCAAAUGGCCAUUGGGCAUCAGCGGGAAACCCAAUGCGUCUAUCGAAGAGUUCCAGGCCAGAAUUCUCGAUUUUGGCCUGAUAUGCUCGCCGUGGCUUCACAUAGAAGGUGCUCAAUAUCACCUAAAGGACUGCAAGAAACAGUUUCCGAGCGACGCCGAAUUCAUUGAAGAAAUCUCGGCGAACCUCAAGCCCAUUUUCCGCAAAUGGGGCACAGCAGACGAAGACGUGGAUCGGAGCAUAGUCGAGCUGUCGCCGCUCGAACACACAUUAGUCACAGUCGGAGAGGAAGAUGCGAAGUUCCUCGGAGUCCAAUGGCAUCAACCAACUGAUAGUCUCGGGGUCUUCACACGGAAAGCCCUAUCAGAACUCUCGAGCGGAACUCCUUCGAAGCGAAAGCUCCUUAAAGGACUCGCUCAAAUUUAUGACCCGCUUGGUGUACUAACGCCGGUUACCGUCAGAGCGAAAACGCUUCUCCAGUCACUCUGGAAGCUCAAAAUGAAUCGGGACGAUCCGUUACCGACGGAUGUCACCGAAUCGUAUCAAAAUUUCAUCGCGAUGCUCCGACAGAGUGCCGACAUCAGAGUCGAGCGCGCACUCAGCCCACGCCUAUCGACUGCGACGUUCGAAUUACACGCUUCCUGCGACGCGUCGCUCGAGGCGAAACUGACGGAUUACAGAACAUGGCGCUACAUCAAAUCUGAAGAAAACCCAGCGGACAUCCUAUCCAGGGGCACGGACAUCUCGAAUACACAAAGCCGUUAUCGAUGGCUCUCCGGACCGAUAUGGCUAAGCAACCCUGGCUGGAAAGUAGCGACUGAGCAGAUCGACGUAGAGGAGACAGCGGAGGAACGGAAAACGGCACUCACUCAGUGUUUAUACACAGUGCGCGACAACGGAAACAACGUCGUCGACGAUAUCCUCGAUCCGACCCGCUUCCCAUCGUGGUUCAAAUUGAUCAGGGCACAGGCUUUCCGCAACCGGCUUAAGACAUUCGCACAAUCGAUCAAGUUGAGACGGCGUCGAUCCCACUUGAGAAGUGAAACUCGGUCCCUCCGACCAGACACAUCCGAAUGCCAACAAGCCGAGAAAGACCGCGUGAGACGAAUUCAGGGAAGAUACUUCCCAGAAGGGAUUUCGAACAGGUGCGAAAACCUCCCAAAAUCCAGCGUACUCGCCCAGUUCCACCGCUCCCUAGAUCCGGAAGGAUUGGUGAGGUGCAAGUCACGCCUCGAAAGAUCAACCCCUGGGCAUUGCCCAGGGUGCAAGCGGUUCAACGCGAAACCGGCAGCAGAACCAACUCCAGCGUUACCGGCGUUCCGAGUCGAGAUCACCCCACCGUCCCUCUUCACGGGAGUGGAUCUCGCCGGACCGCUCCACUACAAGAGCGAAAAUGGAAGAAAAGCCAAGUCGUACAUUCUUCUAUUCACCUGUGCCGUGUCGCGAGCCAUUUCUAUUGGAACUCACGAUGGACUUGUCAACAUGGCGGCGAGCGGAUACGGGGCCGUUCUCCAGCCUGAGAAGGGCGGGCUUUUCAUGGGCGGGCCUAUCUACGCCGGCAGAGCCAGUAUUGAUCCUGACAAGCGGAACGAGUUGAAGCGCCGUGCAUUAACGAAUAAGGCGUUCCGGGGCAGGAUAUUCGUCGUGAAACAGGAGACCUCAGAGCUUCCCGUCGACAGGAACUCUCCCUCGAUAGCUUUCAAAACAGCGACCUCGGAGUCGAUCUAG